AAAGAAUUGAGAUAAAAUUAUUGAAUGGUCCGUUGUCAAGCAAACAGUUACAUUCAUAUAUAUAAAAGUUAAAUUUUUCUGGCCCGCAUUCCUGUAAACAUUCGAGAAAUUCUAUUUGAGCUUUCAACAAUUUCUAAUUAAAUAUAAAACGAACAUGUCAUAUUUGGAUGAAUAUUUAAUUUAUUAUAUUUCAUCGUACGAUUGAUUUUUUUGUUUGUAAAAAAUUGAAAUGAUAUCUUAUAAGAAAUGUUGUGCUGCGUGUCCAGGCGUGAUAGACAUUCCGAAAAGUAAGAGAACCCACGAAUGUUGUUUGCCCAAAUACGUGUCAGGUAAUUUAAAAAUUUCAUCAAUUAAAAAUACAAUGAUCGAUUAUUCUAAAAAUCGACAAAACCAUAAUAUAGAAUUAAACGAAGAUUAUCAAGAGCUACCACAAAACUACAAUAGAUUCGCUAUGGCAAAAAAGCUACAUGCAGAGAAUUUAAAGCAUCAGCCGCUUCCUGAUAAAAUAAACGACGACGUAAUGAAGAAUUUCAAGUUAAAGAAAUCUUUUCAUUUGCCAUUGUUAAAUGAACAAUGUAAAAACAGUAGGUGUAAGAGUAACGGUUGCAACAAGAUAGAAUCCAAAUAUUACUGCGAUUCUAUAUUAGGCUACAAAAAACCAGAAACGAAAAUGGAUUUAGCUAUUUGUUGGCAAACUCCAGUGGAUCCAAUUUAUGAUCCACCAAAACCAACUCACAUCGAUGGAUCAGAAGGUGGAGCUGCUCCUGCAAUUUUUGAACUCAUACAAGGUGUUCCAAAAUUGAGACGGGAUUAUUUGCGUUCACAUGACGAUAGUAAGUAUCAUGAAAUUUAUCAGAGGAAUCUCUUAAAAAAAGAUAAAGAUAAAUUAUUACAUAAUAAUUUACAAGAAAAUCAAAACAAUUGCCAGCAUCGUUGUAAAUGCACGAAUUUUAUGAACACACAAAAAUCAACUUUACGGGAACGUUCUAGAUCGCAAUAUUCUGUCAGGAAUGAUGCGAUCUAUGAAAAUAAAAAAGAAAACGAUCCCAGAUUAAUCAAAUCAGCUGUAGGAAUCGCUUUAGGUAUGGAAUCGAAUAAUAAACGAUUACUACAAAAGGUAGAUGUACCACGACCAAAAACACCAUUUGCUAAAAGAUCCUUUAGUAUAGAAACUUUAUCUCCACCUUUUAGUGUCGUAAACGGUUCUAGAGAUACUGAUUAUCCGGAACAUUGGAGACUUAUGACGGUUUAUCAACAAUCUUAUAAAAAUCCUCGAAAGUAUAAAAGUUUUUUUCACUGCUAAUUACAGUAAUUAUUUAAGUAAUUAGAGAAAACAGUUAUUAAUAUGGGAAAUAGAUUUUCUCAACAUUCAUGAGCAAUAAUAAAAACUAAACAUUUGAAUUUUAUUUAACCGUAAAUUAAA